AUGGCUGGGUCAAAACGCAUCGGGAGGUAUGAGCUUGGCAAGACGCUGGGCUCGGGCAACUUCUCCAAGGUGAAGCUCGCUCGCGACGUGGAGACGGGGAAGGAGUGGGCCAUUAAAAUUAUAGACAAGGAGCAGCUUGUGCGCGAGCGGAUGGAGGAGCAGCUGAAGCGCGAGAUCGCCGUCAUGAAGAUGCUGCAUCAGCCAAACAUCAUUGAGCUCCGUGAGGUGAUGCAGACGACAAAUCACAUCUACCUCGUCCUAGAGCUCGUCACGGGCGGGGAGCUCUUCGACAGGAUUGCCGCGGCAAAGCGCUUCGACGAGCCGACGGCGCGUCGCUACUUUCACCAACUCAUUUCCGGGAUCCACUACUGCCACGCCCAGGGCAUCGCCCACAGGGACCUGAAACCGGAGAAUCUACUGCUUGACGCGAACGACACGCUUAAGAUUUCUGACUUUGGCCUCAGUAACCUCAACCGCGGGAACGCGUCGGGCAGGGGCACAAUGCUGCAAACCGUCUGCGGAACACCCAACUACGUCGCCCCGGAGGUGCUCAAGGAGCGGGGCUACGACGGGGUCAAGGCGGAUGUAUGGAGCUGCGGUGUGGUGCUCUUUGUCAUGCUGGCCGGAUACCUACCGUUUGACGACGAGAACGUUAAUGCGCUCUUCACAAAGAUUGAGCGUGGGGAGUACCGCAUGGCCCGCCACUUCUCGCCAGACGCGCGGGACCUCAUCUCCAAGAUGCUGGCCGUAGACCCCAACAAGCGGGUGACCGUGGAGGAGAUCAUGCAGCACCCGUGGUUUACUGUUGGCUGGGACCCCAGUGAAUUGCAUACGGGAAGAGAAGCUUCGAAUGCCUGUUGA